UGUACUUGACAAUCGCGAUAAGUUUGUAAACGAUACGUUAGUAUAUUAAAUCUAUAUGUACCUAUUUUUGUUUUUUUGGCAAACCCAAGCUAUAAUCCGGUGCCAAAAUUGGUGAUAAUGAUUCUAAAUGUCAGUGACUAAUUAUGUUGAUUCAGUUUCCAUGGGUAGCUCUGAUGUAGCGAUCAGAAACGAUGUCGAUGUUGAAGGAUACAACAAGUGUCUGGAUAUCAACGAGUUCAGUGUAGCGGCUACGAAUCGGGAAUUGGUUAACCUUGAAAAUGCCGCUGUCAACAUUGACAGUUCGAGUGACGUCAUCAUCGGUCCUGUGACGCAAUUUCAUAUUAACGGGAAUGUAACUAUUCAUCAGAAGAACGAGCGAUUGCCUACUGGGAUGGAGCAGAACGAUGAUAUUGGGAAUGUUUAUAAUACCAACUCCAAAGAUAUCGAAGCCGACCAACAGGAGCAAACCGAAUGCAAAAGACGUUCCAGUAUAAAUUACAUCAAAUGGAUUUGUUUCCUGAUCGUAGCCACCUUUGGAAUUUUGACAAGAGUCAAAUUGGUACUUAAAAAUCUUCAACAGGACGUACAAGAGAUGGUCGGAUACCACGCAAAAAUGAAAGUUUUUUAUAAACAAGACUGGGGUGGUGUAGUUGUUAAUAGAACGCGUUUGAGCAGUUACGUACACUUGCCUGUACCGUUUAUCAUUAUCAAACAUACGGGAGGCGCUUUUUGUCAAACAGAGUCAGAAUGUAAACAGUUGACGAAGGAACUGCAGUCGAAACACUUGGCUUUAAACUACAGCGACAUAGCUUAUAAUUUUUUAGUUGGAGGUGACGGAAAUUUGUACAUAGGGAGAGGAUACGAGUAUCCGAAUGAAUAUAGCAGAUACAGUUAUGACAUAGUCGUACACGGGAAUUUUUUGUAUGAUCAGUUUUAUGAUUUUAUGGAAAAUGUAACGCAGACUAUUAUAAAAGCAGGUCGUUUUGUCAAUGUGAUUGAUCAAUAUUAUGUUGUUUUGUGCGAAAAUCAAACGGAAAGGGUGGACAGUCCAGGCAGGAAUAUAUACGAAAAAGUGAAACUGUGGGAGCAUUAUCAGAACGACUGCGAAGAAAUAUUCAAAACCAUACUCCGUUACCUAAAAGCGUUCUGCCAUAAGAGAAAAAAAGACUUAGGAAGGAUAUUUAUUUGCGUAUUGCUUUCAUCGUGUGCCAUAUUGCUCUACGUAUCCAUCGUACUUCACAAAGACUUGGUCUUAGAUCCUGAACCACUCUACGGUCGCUAUCUUGGAAAUUUCACCAUACACUACGUCAGUGAUUGGGGUGGAAAAACCGUUACCGGCAUUUUAGAUAAUCCUCUGCCUGUGGGGUUAGUGAUUGUUCGGCAUACUGGUACAGAUACUUGUUUUAGUUUAGAAAAGUGUUCAGAGAUACUAAGAAUAUUACAGAUAUAUCAAACUACUACAUUUGGCUACAAGGAUAUUUGUGAUAACUUAUUUAUCGGUGGAAAUGGAAACAUAUACGUCGGAAGGGGAUGGGAUACCAGGAACUGCUAUCUGAAUAAACUGAGUAUCGCUAUCAGCUUCAUCGGGAACUUUAACAAGGUUCAUUUAAACGAUAACAUGAAAACUAGUUUCAAAUUGUUGUUGCAACAAGGCAUCGAUUUAUCCAAACUGCCUGAAAACUAUUUGAUGGUGGCUUACAAUCAAACUGUCAUUAGUAACAACCCGGGUGAUAAUGUUUACAAUUAUAUCAAAACUUUGCCGAAUUUUUUUGAUAUAGAUUUAAGGAAAUACAAGUACAAGGAUAUGUGUUCUAUUUAUAAAGCGCCUCUUGGGAAAAAAUUAAUCUUGUAAAAUACAUAAUGUGUCAUUUUGGUAUUAUACAGUGUGGUUAAAUAAAUAGUAAUUCAGGUACAGCAGUUUUAGUCAGUAAAUUGGCAAAGAAAAAAUGGCACCACUCAUGCUCAGACGAUAAUUUUCCAGAGUUUAUAAAAUAAAAUUACUUUUUUAGGCGACUGUCAUAAGAAAAGAAAAUUUAAAGAAAUUAAGAAAACAUUUAAAUACCAAUAAUAUUUUGCCUUCUCAUCAGUCUGGAUUUAGAGCUGGUUAUAGUUGUACAACAGCAUUGACUGCUGUUUCUGAUUAUAUAAUUUCGUCCCUCAAUAAAAAUGAGCUGGUUAUCCUAAUUUUAAUUGACUAUUCUAGAGCCUUUGAUACUAUAAAUUACCAAUCACCGGAUUCUUUUGGCAAUUUUACAUUUUGUAGGGUUAAGUGCUUCUGCAAAAAAAAUUUUAUUGUUUUAUCUCAUUAACCGAACUCAACAAGUUAAACUUGGUCAAAAAUUAUCUAAUAUUAAAAAUUAGUAAAAUUAGAUUCCGAUCCGAUAUACAUAAUUUAAAUUUAAAAAAAGAUAUUAUUGAUCCCCGCUCAUAAUAAAAAAUUAUUUAAAAUAUUUUUCUCUUAUUAAAUAUCUUGUUAUGGAAAUCUGCUUGAUGUACCUACCAUUUUAUAGUGUAUCAACAGAAUGUUUCAGAAAAACUUAAAAAAAAAACGGUUAUUAGCAGAACAAAUGACCUGGUAGUAUCGAAUAUAAAUAUUCAGUUUAGUUAAGAUUUUUUUAGUGUAUUAUUAAAUAAGAAUUUUAAUUUUGGGCUCCAAUAGCAUUAUAGAACUCUAUUUUAGUUUGUCUUUCAUUGGGCCAUAUGGAAGAAUCGG